AUGACUUACAAAGUCGACUUGGGUCGCAGUCUCUUCUGCACGAUCGAUUCUAGUCUCCGUCUCCAUCUGGCAGCCUCGGCCCAGUUACGUUUACCACCAACUCAUCGAAGCUCUGACAUUCCUUUCGACACGAGUCAAUGGCUAGCCUAUGACGAUAUUUGGGUGCUACCAGGCCCGCAGCUGGAGUUUUCUUGUCAUAUUAACGCCGACCCGGUUCUUGAGGGUGCGAUCAUUGGGUUGAGCUCACUGUUGAGGGACAAGCUUUGUGAGUCGAAGAUUUGGUCGAGUCUCGGAUACACUGCGAUGCUCAAGGAUGGCACCUCUGUCACGAAUCCGGAUAUGUACCGGGAUCGGUGCCUUGUGUUCGGUUUGUGCAAGAAGGACGAGACCUCUCCCUUGCGGAAACGCUGGACCUUACCCGAUGCAAUAAAGAAUCCCGUGGAUGCCCAUCCUCCGGUGGGCGUUCGUACGGUGUACUUAACUUCGGUCGACAUCUUCCUGGACUACAGUUACUGCGCGGAGCAUUCGCCUCGACAAGAAUGGCAAUAUACCUUCGCAGCACGGGCUCAGACACAGUUUUAUUCUGUGAUUCCAGCUCCAUUUUCCCGAUACCCCUACCGUUCAGAUUUCGAACCACAAAGCCCUUCCAUGCCUGGAUACACCGUUGACAGUCCGUUGUCGAGCCAAUCGAGCCAUUCCUCUUUCUCACAGACAAGCCACAGCCCGCGAACCGACUAUACCACCAUCCGAAAAUCACAAGAACUUCUCCGUUUAUUCGAUUUCGGGCUCCAGAGAUUAAUUCUCUCGGGAUUCGUCAAAGAUCCUCAAGUCCUGGUGUCAGGGCAAGAAACCUUGCACACCCUAUCAGGGAUAGCGCCUGCAGUCUUCAAUAGGGGAUACCGUGAGGUAAGGGUCUUUUUCUCAAUUUAA